AUGGUCACGGCUUACCUCGUUCAAACUCGUCUACCAAGCUGUGACGCCAUCAGGGCAGUGGCUCUUCAAGAAGGACCACAGCGGGAAGACGCCUACGAAAGAAACGAAGACCCUCCGGCUCCUCAAGACCGGUACCCCAACGCAUUCCGAAGCAAGCCGGCGGAUAUCCUCAACGACCUUCAUCGAGCCGCCGGCCAGACGGCCCAGCAUAUGCCGAUGUUUCUGCAGGCUAUCCUCCAGCUAUAUCCCCCCGGGAUGGCACAUCUGCAAUUCGAGGCAAUCACGGAGAGUCGUCCGUCGCCUGCCCACAACACCGGCUAUUGGUUUCGAUACAAUCGGGAUUGCUCCAGGGCUACGUGGAAUAGCAGUGGGAAGUUUCACUUAUUGGCGGACACAGUGGAUGCGUGGAGACAGGUCGGUGCAUUGCAUGGGCAUGCGGAUUUGAAUCUGGAGUAA